UUGAUUCUCGUUACUUACUUGUGUUUUUAACGAAUCUCUCUGUGUUUUUCAUUGCAAUAAACUAAGUUAAAAUUACUCUCUUUGCUUUGCUUUUCGGAGCGUCUGAACACUUUUUAUGCCGUUCUUCUGAACUGUAAAAUUAGCAAGUCUCCUUAUUGUGGGAAAUAAAAUCUCUGUUUGAAAUCAAAUCACAAUGGAGGCAGCCAUCGACAACAUGGAGCAAAGUGUGAAAACUGCUGAUGGGCGGCUUGGUACCAUAGCAUGGAAGUUGGAUGAGUUUCAGAAAGGGAUCGAAGUGGACAAAAAGACAUCAGUCAUUCAGUUGAUGCAGGGGAUUCACCAAAUCAGGGAGGAUUACGAAUCCCUGCAAGAAGAUAUCCGACAAGUACACUCACUUCAGAAACAACUCACGAACUCAUUGAAGGAUCAAGUAAACCAAAUGAAAGGAAAGUAUGCUGCUCUACGUACAAAAUUGAGCCAAACAAGUAUAUAGUCAGUAUUUUCCCCUUUCUCUCUAGGACUCUUUUUAUCAUAAAUUUUCUCCUGCUCUCCCUUUCUUUUGAUGAUCAUCUUGCUUCUGGAUAGUGAGAUUUCAUGAAGCAGAUGUGACGUGCGCACUAAAGGCGUUCAGAAAAACAACUUUUAAGCCGUAUAAGUGCUUUGCAUUUUUUCCAAACAAUCUUUGUGAUAGAUACCUUCUAUUCGAUGACAUCGGAUUAACAGUAUAUUUUCGUUUUAGAUGGUUAGGGAUUUUUAGUGCAGUCUUAAGACUCCCUUUUUCCAGGAACAUCGAAUUUGUAACUGAUCGAACUGAUCGGAUUUGUAAUUGACUCCUCUGAAUAGGCUCAGUCAAAAAGUAUGAAGCAUUUUGACAAAUAUUUGUAAUGCUGCCAACACAAAGUACUGAUGCAUUUCCCGUCCCAGAGAGUAAGUGCAUUUUGAUGGCGAAACUGCAGAAAUGCGCAUCUUGGUUUGCGGAAUCCUGUCAUAGUUUAUUUCCCUCAUGGAAAACUACUGAUCGUCAUUUUUUGAAAACUUUCCUCUCCAUGUGAAGAAUAUUCUGUGAAGAUUUCAAGCCAUAAUGUUGGUUCAGUUUCCUUUUACAAAAUAAAAUAGUAGCCAAAAUUUCAAAAUAGCCAACCACCAACGCAUUUUUGAGGUUUCACUGUUGAUUUGUCUGAAUGGUGUGCUUUAAUACCACUGAAAGGAGAUGGUUACAAAAAUUCUCCAUUGGAAAAAAUUACUGCACAUACUAUCUGCCGGUAGAUUUUUUUAUCUGGUAUAGUUUUAGAGUAGAAAACUUUUUAAACUUUUAGAACUACUUGACAACCCUACUGAAAAAAUACUUUCACCGAGAAAGUUCCUGUGAGCUUUUCUCCUAGUAUUACAAGACUGUAAAAAUGAAAAUUAAAGACUUGAAUAUUAUGAUUAGCUCAAGGCACCAAAAGCUGUCAUAUCAGCUGCCACUUUAAUUUCAAGUGUUGGGAAAAAUUAGAUUCAAAGUUAUUGUAGAAUGACGGUAGCUAAAAACCGUACAUUAGAUAUCCAUAUCGGCUAUAAGUGCCAAUUUUAGAAUGAUUGGCUCGAUCAGUUUCUUUUCCCCCACAACGUUCCAUUUCAAUCAUGUAUCAUGACAACAUUUGUGUUUUUCAAACCCAUUUAUUAUUAGAUUUAUUCGACCCUUCUUCUCCUUAGUUUUGUUUUUAAUCCAUCAAUGGAAAACAAAUUAUGACUGGAUCUCAAAAAAAGGGGCCUUUUCUCCCACGAAACAAUUUUCCUUGUCUUUUUCGAUAAAACGAAACUUAAACCAUGAUACUUAAACCACGUUUCUCUGCAACCUAAGAAUUUUUAUCUUUGAGCCUCAGGACUCAUACCAUCUUCAAUUUGAGAGCUUUCAGGGUCAAACUUAUAUCAAAAUUUCCAGAAUUUCUUCCUUCAUGCAUUUGCAAAAAGUCAUGCAAAAUUUUCUCCUGGUAGCAAGGGUUCCUUCCUACAGAUCCGGUGAUGUAAGUUAGGUUACAAGUUUCCUCUCAACUGUUUUCUCCUUUUUAAGAAUAGGUAUUGUUGCCACAAGAAGGCACUAAGCAUUAGAGCGUUGCAUACUAGUCCUGCACAAUCCUGUACUACCUUUUAAGUGUUUUGAUUGUAUUAAAAACUAGAAUAAACUGAGUAUAAUGGCUGUGUAAACAGAUGAAGUCUGAAUAUGAAAGAUGUGAGCUCUGCUAAUUACUCUUACGGGCCAAUUUACAUUCUUUUAAACGCGAUUUUACUUAAUGAUGCAUUUUUACACUAGAGCGUUGAAUACUAAUCCUGUAUUACUUUUUAAGUAAAUUGAUUGUAUAAAAAACUAAAAUGUAGUUAGUAUAAUGGCUGUGUAUUAAUAUGAAGUCUGAAUAUAGAAGCUCUUGUAAGCCAAUUUGCAUUGGUUUAAGCACAAUAUUACUCAAUGAUAUAUUUUUACAGUAAUGCUGGAAUCACACGUUGAAUGUAAGGAGCCAAAUGAGGGAGCCAUCGGUCUAUUGUUGGGUGGUGCCCUGAAUUUUUCACGUGUUGCGUUAUCAGUGUGUCUGUAAGGCACUUGAAAAAAAAUACAAGUAUGGAUUAGAAAGACUAAAAAAAUUACAAAAUUUCAACUGUCGAGCAACGACCGAUGACUCUCAUAUUUAGCUGCCAAAUUCAGUCUGUAAUUCCGGCUUUAAAAUUCAUCCAGGCCGUAAACUACUUUUUGAGACAUUAUGAUAUCUGUUAGAUUCUUAGUGUGAACGCUGAUGUGUAAGUGCCUUACAUCUUCUACUUCUGUAGUUUUUUUUUUUUUUUUUUUUUUUUUAAAUUUUAUACUUUUACAUUCCUAAGUUUAAACUUGUAUUUAAUGCACAGUCCAAAAUGUUUCUUGACACAAAUAAAUUUCUGAUCAAAAUUAA